AUGUCUAAUAAUAUUAUUGAUAACCUUAGAAAUAAACUCGCACAGCAACAGGCCAUAAACGAAGACAUAAUGGAGAAAAACGCAAGUAUGUUGGACGAAAUUAAAGAACUGAAACUAAAGCUAUCCAAUAAAAAUGAAAUAAUAAGUACUCUACAAAAAACUCUCGAUAAUUUAUCAGUGAACAAACAACUGUUUCAUACACAGACGCAAACCGAUAUAACUGAAGCUGGUAUAAAAUUCAUGGAGGAUAAAGUAGCAGAUGUAAAGAAGAGAAAAGGAGAAUUGAAUCAAGAAAUCAGCAGACAAAUUGAACAAAUUGAGCAACUGAAUCAAAUAAUGGAACUUAAUCAAGGAAUAGAUGGAAAAACAUUAAAUAUUGAAAGUGCCCUGGAUGUUGAUAACGUAUCCUUAGAACAAAAAGGACAAAGGAGCGGAGAAAAAACCACAUAA